AGUAAGUCUUCGAAGAAGUUCAAGCGAAGCAAAACACCGACAACUCUCUUCAAAAAGCAUUUCCCUCGCCGUGGCAAAAGUAAGAAAGGAAGCACUAAGAAGUCCCCCUUGAAAAAGAAAUCACAAACUCCAAAAGAGGACAGUAGCGCUUCGAAGCAAGCGUCUGAAAAAGCAUUCCAGCCACCGCUGGGUGAGCAACCGCAGGCACCUGCACAACAACCAGUGGUGGCGGAGGCAACAGCACAAAGCGAUCAGCAGCGGCCGACCGAUCAGGCUGCAACUGCUGCAGUGUCUCAGGGUAUAGCUGUCAGUGGCGUUCAGGACGGAAGAACAGUACAAAUGGAAGAUCAUAGACAGGCUAUAGAACUAGCUCUGGAUACAAAACCUAUAACCGUCCCAGCCACGGCUUCGUUUCAUGCUACCGCUUCGCAUGUACCGAGAAGCACAUCUCGCAGUCGUCGUCGUUCCACUUCUCGUUCAACGUCACGCGUACAGAUCCCUGGUCACAAUGCACCUAUUGCCACCUUCUUCGGUAUCAUUCGCUUCGCAGCAAAAGGCCGUCAAGUCGAUCGAGAGAGUGAGGAGCUUAUCGUUGUUGCAACUACGGUGCUACAUUCAUAUGGCAUGACCUUUGAUGAGCGAAAAGCAGAGCUUGGAAGUUUGGUCCAAGUUCCUCCAGCUGUAGUGAAUGUCAAGACUAUGGACGAUGAUGGGUUUCAAGAAGAGAAAACCACGCAAAAUGUUCUCAUUGGAAACAAGAUGAUCAUCGUCGAACGAAGAUCAUGCCUUUUGGUAAGUAUUUCUGACUAA